AUGCCACCGGUGAACUCUACGUUCAAAGCCGAUGAUUCUGUCAAUGGCGAGACGCAGAAAGAGUUUGUCGAGCCAGUCCGACCAGCUUAUACCCAUCUCGACCGAGACGACAUCGACCGUCUCUCACCAGAACAUCGCGAAUAUCUCCUGGCCCGCCAUGGCACGCUUGACCUUGAUCCGGUACCUGAUAUGAGCGAUGCGGAUCCUUACAACUGGCCGCAUCGGAAGAAGGUCGUCAACCUCAUGAUCGUCGCCUUCCACGCAAUGAUGGCCACAUUCACAGCUGCAUCCAUCCAAUCUGCUUUUGAGAACAUCGCAGCAGACCUAGGCUGCAGUCUUCAACGUGCCAGUUACUUGACGUCUCUCCAGAUUGCCAUCCUUGGUGGAGCUCCUCUCUUUUGGAAGCCAUUGUCGGAUCGUUAUGGACGACGACCAGUCUUCAUCGUUUCACUCAUCUGCUCCAUGGUUGCCAACAUCGGCUGCUCCGAAAGCCAUUCGUAUGGUAGCAUGGCUGCCUCACGAGCAAUAGUGGCCUUCUUCAUUAGCCCUGCCGCUGCUAUUGGAAGUGCUGUGGUCGCGGAGACAUUCUUCAAACAGAGUCGAGCCCGGUAUAUGGGUAUCUGGACUGUGAUGGUCACAAUCGGUGUUCCGAUUUCACCAUUCAUUUUCGGAUUUCUCGCCUAUCGCGUCGACUACCGAUGGAUCUACCGCGUUCUUGCAAUCACAAAUGCCGUCCAACUGAUAGUCUAUCUCUUCCUCGGCCCUGAGACUCGCUACCUUCGCCACGGUGUGCGCCAUGAAGGCUCGGCAUUCAAGCAAGAGUACAUGCAACUGCGCCGUAUCGACCCAACACCACUCCGCUUCCGGGAUUUCGUGCAACCCCUACGAUACUUUGCGCGACCAAGUGUGGUUGUUCCCGCGGUGGCAUAUGCCAUGGUCUUCCUCUUCGCCAGCGUCAUGCUCACGGUCGAGGUGCCACAGCUCUUCGGUCCGGCCUUCAAGUUCAACACGCAACAGAUGGGUCUGCAGUACAUCUCGAUGAUCAUCGGGUCACUCCUGGGAGAACAAAUCGGCGGCUUCACCUCUGACGCCUGGAUGAAUCGACGCACCAAGAAGAUCGGGACCAAACCUGCACCGGAGUGGCGUCUGUGGUUGUCGUACAGCGGAUACAUACUUUCCAUUGUCGGUGUGAUUGUCUUCCUGGUCCAACUCGGUGAGAUUGGGGACAAUUACAACGUCACACCCCUUGUUGGGGCCGCCAUUGCCAGUGGAGGUAAUCAGAUUGUGACCACGGUUCUCAUCACCUACGCUGUGGACUGCUACAGGGAGGACGCUGCGUCGGUCGGUGUGUUUAUCACUUUCGUCCGUCAAAUGUGGGGAUUCAUUGGUCCUUUCUGGUUCCCUCAGAUGUUCACCAAUGUUGGACUGUACGGGUCGGCAGGCAUUAUUACCGCGUUGGUGAUCGUGUUCAGCUUGAUUCCUACAAUCAUCCUGCAAUGGAAGGGUAGCGCGUGGAGAUCGAGCCACACUGCUUGA